AUGGGUUGCUCUUUCUCCGGUUUAAAUGCAUUAUACGACUCUGUGAACGGAGGCGGUGAUGUUUGGAUCAACGAGAAUCGCUUCCGCAUCUUGCGACAGCUCGGAGAAGGUGGCUUCGCUUACGUUUACCUCGUCAAGGAAACUCCUAACGACUCUGCUGCCGGUGGCCUCGCCAAUAAACUCAAAGACUCCUCUCAUCUCUCCGAUGAUGGAUCUUAUGCUAUGAAAAAGGUCCUCAUUCAGAACAACGAGCAGUUGGAGUUGGUCAGGGAGGAGAUACGUGUCUCGUCACUGUUUAGUCACCCCAAUCUCCUGCCGCUUCUUGAUCAUGCAAUCAUUUCUGUUAAGCCUACUGCAGAAACAUCUUGGAGCCAUGAAGCAUACUUGUUAUUUCCGGUUCAUUUGGAUGGAACAUUGCUAGACAAUGCCAAAACAAUGAAAGCCAAGAAGGAGCACUAUUCUACCUCAGAUGUUCUUCAAAUAUUUCGGCAGCUCUGUGCAGGACUAAAGCACAUGCACAAUUUAGAUCCUCCAUAUGCACACAAUGAUGUCAAACCUGGUAAUGUUCUCCUAACACACAGAAAAGGACAACCGCCACUUGCCAUACUGAUGGAUUUUGGCAGUGCUCGCCCAGCAAGGAAGCAGAUUAGCUCCCGAUCAGAGGCACUCCAGUUGCAGGAAUGGGCAUCUGAACAUGUCUCUGCUCCUUUCCGAGCCCCUGAGCUGUGGGAUUGUCCAAGCCAUACCGAUAUAGAUGAGAGGACUGACAUUUGGUCACUAGGAUGCACAUUAUAUGCAAUAAUGUAUGGCGUAUCUCCAUUUGAAUAUGCACUUGGAGAGUCUGGUGGAAGUUUGCAAUUGGCUAUUAUAAAUGCUCAGGUCAAAUGGCCAGCUGGACAUAAACCUUCAUAUCCAGACGCAUUUCAUCAGUUUGUGUCAUGGAUGCUUCAGCCCCAAGCUGCCAUGAGGCCCAGGAUAGACGAUAUUGUUAUCCAUGUUGAUAAGUUGAUUGCAAAGUUCUCUCAAUGA